CGGUGCGCGGCCGCUGGCAAUUAACAAUCCGGACUGGUGAUGGUCCUUCCUUCCUUCCUCCUCCUUCUCCCCUCGUAUCGCAAUAGCCACAGCGACGAGCGAGUUUGACGUCUCUUCUGCCUGCAUCCUCUCAAUAUCGACAGUUCUCCAUCCCUCAUGACCCGUCGGUGGAAGAAGUCCAAGAGCGCUCGCUAUGCUGCGACCGCCUCUGUCCAGAGGCGCGCACCCCCAUCGUAUCGCGACAUGCUCCCGAACGAGCUAUGGCACCUCACCUUCUCGGAGUGCUUACCCCGCACUCUGCUUGCCGUCCGCGACACUUGCCGCCUGUUUCGCGAGAUCAUUGACCGAAACGACGGGGAACUGCUCGCCCGUGCUCCCCUCUUGCUAUCCCCUUCUCCUCCAAACCCUCGCGAGCUCAUGCGAUAUACAAAAACGGCGGCCCAAUACAAUGCCUUACGCACCACUUUUGCCAUCAAGAAUGUCCACAAACCGAGGGCGUACGGUAGCGCCACAUAUACGAAGUUGCUAUUCCAACCCGGACCGUGCUAUGUAUGCAAGAAGAUGACGAACGGACCGCCAUUACGAAUCCUCGGUAUGGUGUAUACAUGCUCAAAAGCCUGCAGUCGUCAUUUAUUACGAAAGGGUGUCGUCCAUGUCCUAGCUCAUCACAAGUCCUUACCAGCGUACGCCAUGACGUUCGACCGACACACAAUCCCGUGGCUUCCUACAAUCUCCCUCGGCAAGCAGCGACGGCAGACACGAGCAGUUUUGAAGCGGGACCUUGGGGAUGCGCGAAAGGAAUAUCGCGAGAGAAUCCUCAUUAUGGUGCUUUCCCCCCCGGAGCGCGCGCUGCGCUCGGAGGCAUUGUUCUCGCAAUACCGCGACCGCUAUCAGAGAACGAAGGCGUUGACUGCAGUUCAAACACUCGUAGACCAGUGGAAGAAGAAGAUAGAGAAAACAGCCUUUCUUUAGUGUAAUCGCUUGGGUGGCAAUCGGUACCGUGCUUCGUGCUGUCGAUAACAGAUCAUGUCCGAGUCAUACAUACGAGGCGAGCAGGCAUCGCCCGCCAGCACAUCUUAAUCUCGCAGCGUUCGCGCCGUCUCGCCCGUGCUUCUCUCGAAUGACCUUUUUCAGACAGAAUGAAUCAUGUUGCAUGCGCACUGGAUUUGGAUCACUUGAAGGAAGCUGGAGAUCCCGCUGUUUAUCCCGAGAUCGU